UGCUGCUUCUUGCUGCUGACACCACGCACGCUCGGAUACACAACCAAGGCACCGACCGCACCAACCACAUACAGAGCACAACCACACGAUACCACCAAGCGGCUCAGCUGUCUCUCUCUCUCUUCCUUCCUGCUUCCACAAUUCCUCCUACACACGUACAUCCCCUCCGUUGAGAUGGCGUUUGCACGGUUGUUUGCACGUGCGGCAGCAACGGUUGCUGGUGCAGGUGUUGCGGCUGCCGCAGUUGCCACGUCUGCCGCGUCGCCGUCUGCAAGUCUGAUGCGCGUGCCUGCGCAUGCGGCAUGUGAGCCCAUCCACGAGCCGCUCAACCCAAACAGCACCAGCGUCAACCCAGAUGACGAGCAAGUCGUUGACAGGGACUCUGGCAAGUCCUUUCUUCGACACAUUAGCAUGUUCAGUGGCGUGCCUGGUGCUCUCAUUGGUGCUGCGUGCAGGCGCCGCUUUGGGCUCAUCUCCGUGUAUGGCGUUGGGUUGUAUGUGGCGGAGAGCGAGGCAACCAGCUUGAAUGCCCCAACAGACAUCCUCAAGGGCACGGUCGAGGCGGAGCUGCAGCUCAAGUUCUGCCGCACCGUGGAGCGGGAGACCAUCACUGCCAGCAUCCGCGAGUCCAUGGAGCCCCGCAUGCCCGACAACCAGAAGGGCGCACUCGACGGCUUCAUUGACGCGCUGCACGACUUCCUGGACGGUCCCGCAUAUGACGGCAUGCUGCUCGGGUUCCACUGGGAUGGCAGCGUGCUGACCACGUACGCAGAGGGCGAGCGUCACGAGCACCACGCGGAGAUGGGCAUCAAGAGCGAAGCCAUUCCGCGCGCCCUCUUUGCCGUCUACCUCGACGAAGACGCCGUUGUUCCGCCAGAGAAGUUUGUUGAGGGCCUCGAUCAGCUCAAACAGGCCAACGCGCCCCCGCAGGACCAGGAGUAGCGUGCAUCCAUGUUGCGUGCGUGUGUGCGUGUGUGCACACGUGUGAACAUUCACAUGCAUAAACGCGCUGUGCUGUUCUGUGCACGCCGUACCACGCCACGUUGCACCAUGCAUCCUGUUGCAUCUGCCCUGCUGUGCUCGGUAUUAGUCAAAAACACCAGUCGGUCUCGUUCCUCGUCGUGCACCCACCACGUCGCCACCGCGUCGCGUCGUUUCAUUCGACUUUACCUCCUCUCUCUCCUCCCCACACCCCCACUUGCUGCACUUUGUUGGACGAACACUGCCACUGUUGUCAAUAGCCAUCCAAGCGUUUGCCACCGCCUCCCUGUCCUAUAUCUGCAUGUCUGUCUGUCCAUCUCAUGUGUUGCUGUGUCUUGUCCAGAACCACUUCCCUACUCCUCCUCCUCCUCCGCCUUUCGCUUGGCAUAACCAAUUCCUCCCACCACCUCCAUCCAGUACACAACAAACCCGCC